AUGGCGCCCGAGACCAUCCGCGGGGAGCCGCAGAAUGAGAGCAGCGACAUUUGGUCCCUUGGCUGCCUCUGCGUGGAGCUGCUGACCGGCAGCCCGCCGUUUUACGACCGCGCCCCCGCGAACGCCCUCUACCACAUCGCCCAGUCCGACGAGGUGCCGAUUCCGCAGAUGGAGCUCUCGGAGGCCUGUGAGAGUUUCCUCAGGGCCUGUCUUGACAGGGACCCGCGGAAGCGCCCCUCCGCCGCUUCGCUGCAGCGACACGCGUGGUUCGGGGGGUUUGUGGCGGAGAACAUACUGGAGACGCUGGCGAACACGCAGGCGGCGGACAUCAGCGCGGAGCAGGCGGCGGCGAACUCCGCGGCCAUCGCGCGGUGGGUGGAGACCAACCUUUUCCAGGAGAAGGCGGAGCAGCGGGAGCAGUGGCUAAAAGGGGGUUGCCUCAAGAAGGUCGUCGCCGUCCUGCCAAAGGUGACCGCGGAGGCGUCGUACCACAUCAUCCGCAGCUUUUCCUUCGCGGCGCAGCGGUGUCGCAACGAGACGAGCUGCUUUCUCACCCAAUUGGGCGAAACCAACCUCUGGGACAGCGCGCAGCUGAGUGUGCUGGGAAAGGCAGACUCGCUCAGCUCACUCUUUAUCUGCUGUUGCGAGCGGCAGGAUUCGCGGGUGUCGCAGUACGCGCCCACGCACCCAGGGGCGCUCUGCUUUCUCCUGCAGUGUCAAGAGGGCGACGUCGCCGUCGCCUGCAUCGAUGCGCUGCACCACCUGAUGGUCGGCUGUGAGGAGGAUGGCUCUUCGACCCCCUUUUCGCUGUCGCAAGAGGUGUCCGCCACGGAUGCUGGGCAAAUUACAUUUCGACGCUUUAUCUCGCAGAAUCGGUUCGUGACGGAUCACGCGGUGUACGCCGUUCAACGCAUCAUAGAGGAGGCCUGCUGCACCGCCUUCCACGAGGAGAAGGAGCCGCUUAUUGGGUGGCAGAGCCUAGACAAGCUUUUCGAGGUGCUUCUGCAGGUGUUUAAAAAGACCGCUGACGAGAGCGUCGUGGUGGGCCCUUCGAUGUCGGUGGCGCAGAACGGGGAUGGGGUGGAGUCGUCCAACGGGUCCGCCGUCGCCGCGGUGGACAGCGCUGUCGCCAUCGCGGAUAGUAGUCCCCACGUCUCUGGCGAAGCGGCCGGUCGAUGUGUGGUGCCUCGCGGAAGCGGGGUGGGCGGCCCCAGCAACACGAGUGCGGCUGGAGGCAUUGGGGAACGGCAGGCGGAAGAAAAGUGGCUGUUGGCCUUGCAGGAGGCAAGUCGUCACUUGUGCCCCAACGCCAUUUUGAUGCUGCUGCAGUUUGUCCACCACGUCUCGCGGAGUCACCUAAAGUGUCUCAGCGUCGGGGGAAAGAGCAUCGCCGGGACCUUCCUCGUCGUCGCGUCCAACGCCUCCAUUGACACCGCCACGCGCAUUGCGCUGCUCCGGUGUCUCCCCGUGCUGCAGUGUGCGUCACAGAAGGCCGCCGCCUUCAUACGGGACACGCGGUGUAGCGUGCCGCUGCUGGCGCACACCGCGAAGAGCAUCCCUGUCCUGGAGGAGUCCCGCGAGGACGAGGUGAUGAAGGUACUUUUCAACCUCUGCGAGGACGAGCGCAUGGCGGCGGCAAUUGCCGCCUCCAACGCGUUUCUCAGCAUCGCCGUGGAUCGCGCCAACCUCGCGGCGGAGCGCCACCGCUGGACGGAGGUGGUGCACGCCGUCCGCUUCAUUGAGAUUCUGCUGGCGUACUCCGUGGACUCCUCCCGCUUCGUGGAGUCGCGCGGCCUUCUGCAGCUCCUCCUGCGUUUGUCCGACAGCGAAAGUUUCCCCGCCAGCGUUAGCAGCGCGUCCCAGCGGCUGCUCAAUAGUGUCCAGGUCCAAACCAAUGUUUUGUAG